AUGGCAUCGGCGGUCGAGUGGCGCUCUAUCAUCAUUGCGGGAGCCGCGAUCGCGGGCCUGCCGCUGCUCUGGAACCUCCUCGCACGCAACGAGUACCGGCGCCAUACGAUGGAGCGGCUUGUGGGCAGCAAGCGGCGCGGUGCGUACCUGCUGGCCGCGUGGAUAUUUGUCUUCUCGUCCCUCCGCGACGCGGCGUUCCUGCGCGCGGUGGCGGCGAAUCCCCCCAGCCGUGUGCUGCCGCUCGUCCCCACCAGCGGCAAGCACGCGCUGCUGCUCACGCGUGGUCUCAAGGCAACCAGCACGGCGCUCGUUCUUUUCGGAACGACACUCGUCGCGUCGGCGUUCCUUCGCCUCGGCGUGACCGGCACGUACCUCGGCGACUACUUCGGCACCACGACGAAGGGGCGUGUCACGGUGUUUCCGUUCAGCCACUUCAGGAACCCCAUGUAUUUAGGGGCAACAAUGAACUUUCUAGGCGCUGCGAUCGCGCAGAACUCCAGCGUCGGGGUGACGCUCACGGCGUGGAUGGGGUUUGUCUACCACGUGGCGACGGCUUACUUCGAGAAACCAUUCACGAGCAUGAUGUAUGCCAAUGAAGCCGAGCAACAAGAGAGACCAGUGUGA